GAAAAUUCAAUUAAGAAAAACAAAAAAAAAAAACUCCAAAGACUGAGAGAGAGAGAAAGGAGAAGAGCUUCGUGCAUGGGCAACAACACAUUUAGACAAGAAGAGAGUCUCCGAUUGAAGCAACAACAACGAAGACUAAUCAUCCUUUCUUCAAUCUAAGGUUUCCUUCUCCUUCUUCCUCUGCUUCUCCUUCUCAGCUUCAAGGGACUGGUGGGAUGCAUCAUUGGUGAAUGCCAGCUAGUUAAUGGUGGAAGAAGUAAUGAUUGGUAUGAUUUGCAUCUGAUUAUAAACUCAAAAGAGUUAAGAAUGAUCCACAAUUAUUGAGUACUAUAUAAAAUGUUGUAAGAAUCGAAUCACCAAAGUGAGUGCUUGCUUGUCAAGAUGGAAACAAGGCCUGAAGAGAGAGAGUUCUCAAACGGUGACGUUUACUCUGGUCAACUCAGAGGAACACUUCCUCACGGGAAAGGCAAGUACGCGUGGUCUGAUGGAAUCACCUACGAAGGUGAUUGGGAAGAAGGCAAAAUCUCAGGGAAAGGAAAGAUUCAAUGGCUAUCCGGAGCCAAAUACGAAGGUGACUUCUCUGGAGGUUACCUUCACGGCUUCGGCACGUUGACAUCCCCCGACGGAUCCGUCUACAGCGGAUCCUGGAGGAUGAACGUGCGCCACGGGCUAGGCAGGAAAGAGUAUCCCAACUCGGACUCGUACGAUGGGUCUUGGAGAGAAGGGUUGCAAGAUGGGAGUGGCAGUUACACUUGGAGUAACGGAAACAGGUUCAUUGGGAACUGGAAAAAAGGUAAAAUGUCUGGGAGAGGGGUUAUGAGCUGGGGGAACGGUGAUCUCUUCAACGGGUUUUGGUUGAACGGUCUUAGACAUGGCUCUGGGGUUUAUAAGUACGCUGAUGGAGGUUUCUAUUUCGGAACCUGGUCGCGUGGGCUGAAAGAUGGGACGGGUGUUUACUAUCCUGCCGGGAGUAAACACCCGUCUUUAAAGAAGUGGCAUCGGCAUUUCGGUUAUAACGACACCGGGAACUUUAUCCUCUCUCAUGAAUCGUCGUUAAACCUCGAGGAGAUACGGAGUUCGAAAGCUGUGUCGAGGACUGUUUCUGAGAUAACCACAAGAAACUCGGGGAGAAUGUCUGAGAGGUUCCAUGAUGAGAACUGGAGUACGAGUGAUCCUCCGAGAGAUUAUAUGGGUCAUGGGCCGUUGUCCAAGUCUGCGCGGUCUGGUGACUCUGGUCAAAGCGAGGGGCGCGGGAAGAACCCUAUAGUGUUUGAAAGGGAGUACAUGCAAGGAGUUUUGAUUAAAGAGCGGAUUAUGAGUUCUAUUGACAUGUCACGCAAGGCUAGACCUCUGGAUGGGCCUAAAGAGGUUACGAUUAGCGCCUGUGUGUCCUUUCUAGGGGGGAAAUGGAACUAUUAUCUGAUGCUUAAUCUCCAACUCGGUAUAAGGUAUACUGUUGGGAAAAUCACGCCGGUGCCUCGGAGGGAAGUUCGUGCUUCUGACUUUGGCGAAAGAGCUAGAAUCACUAUGUUCUUCCCCAGAGAUGGUUCCCAGUAUACGCCUUCACAUAAGUCCAUUGAUUUCGAUUGGAAAGACUAUUGCCCUAUGGUUUUCAGGAAUUUGAGGGAGAUGUUCAAACUAGAUGCUGCAGACUACAUGAUGUCUAUCUGUGGUGAUGAUGGUCUGAGGGAAAUUUCCUCACCUGGGAAAAGUGGCAGUAUCUUCUACCUCUCUCACGAUGACAGAUUUGUGAUCAAGACAUUAAAAAGAUCUGAGUUAAAGGUUCUACUUAGGAUGUUACCGAGGUACUAUGAACAUGUAGGGGACCAUGAAAACACGCUCAUAACGAAGUUUUUUGGAGUACACAGAUUAAAACUCAAGUGGGGAAAAAAGGUACGCUUUGUGGUCAUGGGGAAUAUGUUUUGCACAGAGUUGAAGAUUCAUCGCCGCUAUGACCUUAAGGGCUCUACUCAGGGGAGAUUUACAGAAAAGAGCAAAAUCAGAGAAAAGACUACCAUGAAAGAUCUUGAUCUAGCUUAUGAAUUUCAUAUGGACAAGCUUCUACGAGAGUCUCUCUUCAAGCAAAUUUUGUUAGACUGCUCGUUCUUGGAAUCUCUGCAAAUCAUAGAUUACAGUCUUCUGUUGGGAUUACAUUUUAGAGCUCCUGAUCAACUUAAUGAUAUCCUAGAGCCUCCCCAUGAAAUGUCAGAUCAAGAAACUGAUAGUGUUGCUUCUGUUGAAGUCGGUUUGCCUCGAGAACCAUCCAUUCCUCCAAAAGGACUGUUAUUGGUUACUCACGAACCUAGUUCCGUUAAUACUGCCCCGGGUCCUCACAUCAGAGGAAGUACACUACGAGCAUUCGCUGCUGGGGAGAAAGAAGUUGAUCUCAUUCUACCUGGAACUGCAAGGCUCCGGGUACAGCUAGGAGUAAACAUGCCAGCUCAAGCCCACCACAAACUCCGUCAAGACGAGGAGGAAUCUGGAACGGUGGAGCUCUUUGAAGUAUAUGAUGUGGUUAUUUACAUGGGCAUCAUCGACAUCCUGCAAGCCUACAACAUGAAAAAGAGAAUGGAACAUACUUGCAAGUCAAUGCAGUAUGAUCCAAUGUCAAUUUCAGCCAUCGAGCCUACACUUUACGCUAAACGGUUCACUGAUUUUCUCCUCAAGGUUUUCCCAGAAACAGCAUAAAGAGAGAGAUCAAAUGGUUUCAUAUGAUUUGACCCGGUCGAUAUUAUUUCUUACUGUUGAUAAGCCAUAAAGUACUGAGGGAUUUGGCUCGUAAUGUUAUUUCAGUCUAUUUAUGUACACUAACAUUUAGGAUCUUAUACCCUAAAAUAAAAUUUUCUAGUAUUGAGUAUA